CAUCAAAUGAGAAAAUGUCCACUCCGGCACCACCAUCAGCGCCGCCUCAGCCACCACCAACGCCAUCACUGCCACCAACACCGCUUACUUUCCAUUCUGAGUACACCGCUGCCUCCACAACCACUAUUCCUGCAGCGGCGUCUCGAGCCUUGCCUUCUUCUCAUCAUACUCCGGUCCCUUGGUCCACUAAUCUCUGUGAUUGUUGUGAUGAUUUUACCAGUUGUUGCUUAACAUGUUGGUGUCCAUGUGUCACAUUUGGUCGAAUAGCAGAAAUUGUGGAUAGAGGAUCAACUUCAUGUGGAGUGAGCGGAGCACUGUACGCAUUGAUGUUGUGUGUGAGUGGUUGCUCAUGUUUGUAUUCAUGUUUUUAUCGAUCCAAGUUGAGGGGUCAAUAUUUCUUGGAUGAAAGCCCAUGUACCGAUUGCUGUAUCCAUUGUUGUUGUGAAGAAUGUGCUUUGUGUCAAGAAUAUAGAGAGCUCAAGCACCAUGGAUUUGACAUGUCUAUAG